CUGACCCGCCGGUACUGGCGGCCGCAGCUCGGCCGUGCUAUGCGCGACUACGACGCGGCCACCGCCUUCCUGGGCGAAUGGGGACGCUUCCAGCGCCUCGUUUUCUUUCUACUCAGCGCCAGCAUCAUUCCCAAUGGUUUCAACGGCUUGUCCAUCGUGUUCCUGGCCGGCACGCCCGAGCACCGGUGCAUCGUGCCCGGCGGGGCCAACCUGAGCGACGAGUGGCGCAACGCCAGCAUCCCGCUGGAGCUGCGGGGCGGGCAGGAGGCGCCGAGCCGCUGCCGCCGCUACCGCCUGGCCGCGCUCGCCAACUUCUCGGCGCUGGGGCUGCGACCCGGCUCCGACGUGGAGCUGGAGGCGCUGGAGCAGGAGCCGUGCCUGGACGGCUGGGAGUACAGCCGCGAUGUCUAUCACUCUACAAUCGUCACCGAGUGGAAUCUCGUAUGUGCCAACGACUGGAAGGGACCCCUGAGCACCUCCCUGUUCUUUGUGGGUGUCCUGCUGGGAUCUUUCAUCUCAGGACAGCUCUCAGACAAGUUUGGCAGGAAGAAUGUGCUAUUUGCAACUCUGGCAAUGCAGACUGGCUUCAGUUUCAUACAGGUCUUCUCUACCAGCUGGGAGAUGUUUUCAGUGUUGUUUGUGCUGGUUGGCAUGGGACAGAUAUCUAACUACGUGGCAGCAUUUGUUCUUGGCGCAGAAAUCCUUGGCAAAUCAAUCCGUGUGCUGUUCUGCACCCUGGGUGUGUGCGUCUUUUACGCAUUUGGUUACAUGUUGCUGCCUCUGUUUGCUUUCUUCAUCCGAGACUGGCGGAUGCUGCUGCUGGCACUUAGCCUGCCUGGGCUGCUCUGCAUCCCACUCUGGUGGGUCAUUCCAGAAUCUCCUCGGUGGUUGAUCUCCCAGGGGAGGUUUCAGGAGGCAGAAGACAUAAUCCGAAAAGCUGCAAAAAGUAAUGGCAUUCCAGCCCCAGAUGUAAUACUUGACCCUAGUGAGCUACAAGAUGUGAAUUCCCAGAAGCAGCAGACAUACACCAUUUUGGAUCUGAUGAAAACCCGAAAUAUCCUAACUAUCACAAUUAUGUCAGUGCUUCUUUGGAUGAUAAUCUCAGUUGGCUAUUUUGGACUUUCCCUUGACACACCUAACUUGCAUGGAGAUGUGUAUGUGAACUGCUUCCUCUCAGCAGUGAUUGAAGUCCCAGCCUACGUCAUUUCCUGGCUGCUGCUUCGCAAUCUCCCCCGACGGUACUCAAUGGCUGCUGCAUUAUUCUUGGGAGGCUGUGUUCUUCUCUUCAUUCAGCUGGUGCCUUCACAUAUCCGUGUGCUGUCUAUUCUACUGGUGAUGUUGGGGAAGUUUGGAAUCACAUCUGCCUUCUCAAUGGUUUAUGUUUAUACGGCUGAGCUCUACCCAACAGUAGUAAGAAACAUGGGAGUUGGAGCAAGUUCCAUGGCCUCCAGACUGGGCAGCAUCCUCUCACCUUACUUUGUUUACCUUGGUGCCUAUGAUCGAUUCUUGCCUUACAUCCUGAUGGGGAGCCUGACUGUGCUGUCAGGAAUUCUCACACUAUUUCUGCCUGAAAGCUAUGGUAUGCCUCUUCCUGACACUAUUGAUCAAAUGCUGCGAGUGAAAGGAUUAGAGUACAGGCCUCCAUCUAGUAGCACAAGAGAUUCCAAGGAGGAAGAAGAAAAUCCAGAGAUUUUUAAAAGCACAGCUUUUUGAUGGAACUCCUAUGUAUUUCCUGGUAGACUGAAAGUUAAAUGGACUUUCCUUCUAAAAUUUAUUCUAGAAAGGGCUAGUGGUAACACUUUGUUUUCUGUAAUUUUAACCUUAUUUAUUAAUUUAAACACCAUGUUCCUUACAUUUUCUUUUUAUAUGAACAUAAAUACUCUGUAGCCUUCAAGGAGAUUCUUCAGCCAUGGUUGUGUUCAUGCAGUAGUACAAUGGAGCAGAAUCUGAUCAAUCCUUUGUAACUUUACACCCAUAGUUCAGCUGAAAGAUACUUGAAAAUUAUUUCAAGGGCUGGCAGGGUGCCUGGAUUCUUCCGUGAACCUUCUCCAGAGCUAAUGCUUACAUCAUGAGGUAAAAAUCGCCUGAAAAAAUUGCUCAUUGCUUUUGGUUCGUUGACUUCUGUUUCUGGACAGGAAACUAAUUUAUUAUAGUGAAGGUUUAUGAGAAUGUGCCUCUCUGUGAUCUUACUCAAAUGACUUUGCAUGUGCUGAAUUUGCUACCAAAUUGAGAAAGGUACAAAGAAAGAUUUUGAGAAUUAAUUCUAACCUGAUGUGUUUUAACUUGGCAUAGACAGAAAGGAUCAUAAUGGACAAAGUAUCUGGUACUGUAAUUUUAUUCACAAAAUUCACUUGAUUCCAAUGCUGUAUUUCAACUGUACCUUCUUGGUGAAGUUGUUUACAUUUGACCUUAGAUGUUGACUUUUUAUGGGCUGGAUUUAUUAUAAAUAAUGUAAAUGGUUUCACCUGUGUGUAGAGGGAGUGGUGUUAGUUUGGGAUUCUCCCUUUUGAAUGUGUGGUGAAAGUUUCAUGUGUAAAUUGUUUUAAUGUUUUCUGUGCAAUUUGUAUGAUGGAAACAAUUUUCCUGUCUUUGUUCUGUGUUUUUCCCACUCAUGUACACGUGCACACAAUUUAUUUAGUUGUAAAUUUUUAUGUUAAUCGUGCCACUGCAUUGACCUCAUGGUGGAAUGUACUGAGAACAAAACUCAGAAUAUAUCUCUGACCACUUGUUCUCUAUAUUCAAGUGUCAGCUAUAUGAUUGCUCUGAGGUCUGUUCAUUCUAAGUUAAGUUUCACUUAACUUAUGUAAUCAGUGAAUUGCUUUUAAAUUGUUUUAAAAAACCAACAAACCCACAAGUCUUGUUGACAGUCUGCCAAGAAAUUGUUCCUUGUGCUAUGGAAGUCUGGCAUUACCUGUGUUUCUUUAAAUAUACAAUACAUAUGUACACAGUCUCAUUUGUGCUAUACUGGUUACAGUGUGACAAAUGUGAGUGGUGAAAGGUUUCUUUCUCAUGGCACUUGUGUUUUGUUCUGUCUUGUUAAAUUUAGACAAUAAUAAUAAACAGCCUAAGCCUUUGUAGCCUAAA